GGGAAAGCCUACGCUGCAAGGACCUCCCGGCUCCUGUCCCCUUGGUGCCCCGCCCGGCGCGCCCACUGCUUCCUGGAGCUGCCGGCCUCGGCUUGGGAAAAAUGAGCCGCAUCUACCACGACAGUGUCCUCCGCAACAAGCCGGUGCAGAGCGUACGACUGCCGGGGUCCUGGGACCCUGCCGCCCACCAGGGGGGAAAUGGCGUCUUGCUAGAGGGGGAGCUGGUGGAUGUAUCUCGGCACAGCAUCCUGGAUGCCCAUGGCAGGAAGGAGCGCUACUAUGUGCUGUAUAUCCGGCCCAGUUGUAUCCACCGACGGAAGUUUGACUCCAAAGGAAAUGAAAUCGAGCCCAACUUCAGUGCCACCAGGAAGGUGAACACAGGCUUCCUCAUGUCAUCUUACAAGACAGAAGCUAAGGGGGACACUGACAGGCUCACGCUCGAGGUGCUGAAGGGCCUGGUGAACAAGCCAGACCUGCUGGAGCUGACAGAGAGCCUCACCCCAGAGCAGACAGUGGCAUUUUGGAUGCCGGAGUCAGAGAUGGAGGCCAUGGAACUCGAACUGGGGACUGGAGUACGGUUGAAAACUCGGGGUGAUGGCCCCUUUAUCGAUUCCUUAGCCAAACUGGAGCUGGGGACCGUGACCAAGUGUAAUUUUGCUGGUGAUGGAAAGACAGGGGCAUCCUGGACAGACAACAUCAUGGCCCAAAAGUCCUCACAGAGGGACACAGUGGAGAUCCGAGAGCAAGGAGAUGGAGCAGAGGAUGAGGAAUGGGAUGACUGAAGUGCCUCCUCCUGCUAUCAGUAUCUGAGAUGGUGUCCUUGAGAAGUGGCCAUCCUGACUUCCACCCUGGAAAGAACAGUCUGUCGGGCUGAAUACCAUUAACGCAUUCUGUGGAGAUCAAAUCCAAGACCUCGAGGCUCACAAGGGGUUUCUAGGCUACAACUUUUGUUUUUUUAUUUUUGUUUUUGUUUGUUUGGUUGCUUGGUUUUUUGAGACAGAG